CUUAUGCCCUCUUCUCUCGGAUGUUUGGAUGCCCCCUGGGUGGGCCCAACCCGUGUCUUAGGAAACUAGGGAGGAAAGGCUGGCAGGUAGGCGGUCGGGCGUGGUGACUUCCGCUUCCGGGAGUCAAAGGGCAAGCGGAAUGUAAACACUGGACCACGGGAGUGUGAGGCGAACCGGUGCGCACUGGAAUCCCGACAGGAGGAGGAAAGCGAGGCGAGAUGGCAUCCUUUGGGUGGAAGAGGAAAAUUGGUGAGAAAGUCUCCAAGGUCACUUCCCAGCAGUUUGAAGCUGAAGCUGCUGAUGAGAAGGAUGUCCCUGAGAGUGAUGAAGGGAAUUGGCUUCAUGCUGUUAAACGUCGGAAGGAAGUUCUCCUUGAAGGCUGUGCUGAGAAAAGUAAACAGCUGAAGGACGAAGGUGCGAAUUUGGCUGAAAAUAAAAGGUAUCGUGAGGCAAUUCAGAAGUGGGAUGAAGCACUCCAGUUAACCCCAAAUGAUGCCACCUUAUAUGAGAUGAAAUCACAGGUCCUAAUGUCUCUUCAUGAAAUAUUUCCAGCAGUACAUGCGGCAGAAAUGGCUGUCCAGUGCAAUCCACAUUCAUGGGAGUCUUGGCAAACUUUGGGACGUGCUCAGCUUGGAUUAGGAGAGAUACUGCUGGCAAUUCGAAGUUUUCAAGUAGCCCUUCAUAUCUAUCCCAUGAACCCUGAAAUUUGGAAGGAAGACCUUUCUUGGGCAAGAACACUUCAGGAGCAACAGAAAGUAGCAGAGAGGAUCAAGAAAAGUGAAGCACCAGCUGAAGUGACACAUUUUUCACCGAAGUCCAUUCCUGACUAUGACUUUGAGAGUGAUGAGAUUGUUGCUGUGUGUGCAGCUAUUGCUGAGAAACAGAAGACAGUUUCAGCAAAUAAAACCAUGGUUAUUGUGUCGGCUUCUGGGACCGUAGAGACCGUAACCGAGAAGGAAGAUGGUGCCACACCACCAGAUGGAUCUGUUUUUAUCAAAGCCCGAUGAAGCUCUAUGUGUAGAGGAAUCCUUGGAAUCUGUCUUUUUGAUUGCCACGUGAAGUUUAGACAUAGGAACAUUUGCUCUGGUGAAAGAGGACAGAACUCCUGCUUGUAAAAUAAAUUCUUCAGAUGAGGCAUGUAACAACUCAGUGGUAGAAUUUUUCUGUUGUGUUUCGAGUAUGCUUUCAUAAGUUAUGAUUUAUACUUUCAAGAUUAGAAUUCUAAGUAAAUUUUUUGAUUAAUAAACUUAAUAGAAAUGUAUAAAUGAACACAUUUUAAAGACAGCUUGAAAAGUGUGUUCGUGAUUAGUUAACUUGAUGGUGAAUGUUAUUAAAAUGCUGACUCAUUGACUUGUUUUAUGAUAAAGUGAUUUCUUUCUGUCUUAGAAAUAAACCAUUGCUCUUUGAUUUUUCUUGUUUCACUAGUAUAAGUUUAUCAGAAAGCUUGAGUAUUUUUGAUAAUAAUUUUGAUUCAAAGAUAUUUUGUUCUAUGUGGAAUCUUUGAAAGUGUGUCUGAAAAUGCAUGCAGUUGUGUUUAUUCUCAGCUUUCUCUGGUUUCUUUGAGUUCUGAUUUGUGCUUCCGUUUUCACUUUAAAGUUGUAACAAUGGUAGUUUUCUCCUUCAGUAUUUGAUAAAUGUAUGAAGUAUUGAUAAAUGUCCGAGUGAUUUUUUUAAUAAAAGUCUUGUAGUAGAUGGGGUAAUCCUUACCACAAGUGAGUCAUUUUUAAAACAAUGACAUUAUGCGCAUGUUAUUGAAAUUAUGCUGCUUAAUGAUAUCAAUCAAAAAGCAAUAUUUUUUCAAAAACUCAAAAAACUUUGAAAACACUUUUAGUCUCAAAAGCUCAACAAACCUUGAAAACUCUUAUUUUUUGUUUCUGACUUUCCAGCUGAUGAUUUAGAAUUACUUUUCUAGUAACUUUUUUGAAACUAGUCAGUGAAAUGAAAAGUAAUUAGAAGUCUAAAUAACUAAUUUAUAUCUUUCUAGAAAUAAAAAAAAUUUAGGAAUGUUACUAUUAGAGUACCAAUUAGUGAAAAAUUUUAACAAAAAAAUGCAUAGAAACUGGAUUGUGUUUUUUAGUUCUGUCCCAUGAGUAGGAGAAGGAUACAUUAAGUAGAGUUUAUUGAAAGGCCCAAACACAUUCAUAAAUCAAGAGUACCAUUGCUAAUAUGAGUCGCUUGUAUGUCAUAUGUAUUGUAGUAAAACUGUGUAGAACUAUUGAGUACUGUUACUUCUGACACUCAGGAAGAUAUUAGUGUAAAAUUAAUUUUACUUUUCUUAGAGGUAAAAUAAACUACUUUGUGUUGAGAAAUUUUACCUAACACUGUUGAGCAUAUAAGUAAUGGUCUCCUUUUCUGUGAGGAUGAUUUUUGAAAAUUUUGUUUUUGUGAAAUGCUUCUUUCCCAUCCUUCCAUCCGUCUCUUCCUUCCUUCUUACCUGUACUUCCUUCCUUCCUUCCUUUCUUUUUCCCAGAGUUGGAGAAAUUGGCGCUUGCCUUAAAAAUUAUUUUAAGUUUUCCCCUAAGUCAUAUCAUCAAAAAGUUAAGUCUGGCUGGAGAGGUCAGUUUUAGAGUAAUACAAAAAUUUACUUUGUUUAAUAAGGAAUAUUCUCAUGGGUAUUGAUAGAUAUCCAUAGAAAGUACUCAAUAUUUGGUAUGUUGUUUUGAGUAAUGGAUAUUUGUUUAUUGUGUAAUUUGUGGAUAUUUUUUCCCUUGUAUUUUGUAAAGUUUUUUUUAAAGUUUUUUUAUUUAUUUGAAAGCAGAGUUGCAGAGAGGCAGAGGCAGAGAGAGAGAGAGAGGUCUUCCAUCUGCUGGCUCACUUCCCAAAUGGCUGCAAAAGCUGGAGGUGGGCUGAUCUGAAGCCAGGAGCCAGGUGCUUCUUCCAGGUCUCCCACGCGGGUGCAGGGUCCUAAGCACUUGGGAUCCUCUGUUGCUUUCCCAGGCCACAGCAGAGAACUGGAUUGGAAGUGGAGCAGCAGGACUUGAACCAGUGCCCAUAUGGGAUGCCGGCAUUGCAGGUGGUGGCUUUACCUGCUGUGCCACAGCACCGGCCCCUCCCCUGCAUUUUGAAGAUUUUUUUGUGUUGUAAGCUUUUGAGAAAUUACUUUAAUUUACAUAAUUUCUUAUGUGAGAGCAAUGUAUAUAUAAAUAAUUAAGAAUAAUAAAUAUGAGAGUAAUACAUGUAAAGCCCCUUGCAGGUGAGGUGCUUAGUACAUGCUUUCUAUUUCUAGAAAAAGCUUGUAUUCAUUUGGAGAUAUUUUACCUCAGUUUCUUCUGAUUUUUUUUAAAGAUUUAUUUAUUUAUUUGAAAUUCAGAGUUGCAGAGAGAGAAAGAGAGAGAGAGAGAAAGAAGUCCUCAAUCCAAUGGUUGACUCCCCAAGUGGCCACAACGGCUGGAGCUGCGCCGACCCAAAGCCAGGAGCUUCCUCUGGGUCUCCCAUGUGGGUGCAGGGGUCCAAAGAUUUGGGCCAUCCUCUACUGCUUUUCCCAGGCCAUAGCAGAGAGCUAGAUUUUGGAAGUGGAGCAACUGGGUCCCGAACUGGUGCCCACAUGGGAUGCCGGCGCUUCAGACCAGGGCAUUAACCCGCUGCGCCACAGUGCCAGUCCCUCUUCUGAUUUUAAGAAAGGAGAACUUCUUGGGGCACCGAUCCUGUCCCAGUUGCCCCUCUUCCAGGCCAGCUCUCUGCUGUGGCCAGGGAGUGCAGUGGAGGAUGGCCCAAGUCCUUGGGCCCUGCACCCCAUGGGAGACCAGGAGAAGCACCUGGCUCCUGCCAUCGGAUCAGCGCGGUGUGCCGGCCGCAGCGCGCCUACCGCGGCAGCCAUUGGAGGGUGAACCAACGGCAAAAGGAAGACCUUUCUCUCUGUCUCUCUCUCACUGUCCACUCUGCCUGUCAAAAAAAAAAAGGAGAACUUCUUAUUCCUACCUAUCUAAAAGUGAGAUGUUACUACUUCUGAUGCUAAUAGAGCGGAUGGUUAUCAGUUGGAGAUUUUUGUUGACAUCAGGUUUAUGCCUCAGGCUCAAAGCAGACAAGAUCUAGGAAGGAGUGCAUAUAGCCACUCUGUUAAAGAAGUUAGUGUUUCCUCAUAUUGACAUUGCUAGGCAGUUUAGUCUCAUCCUUAUAUUAAUAUAAGACGUAAAAUAGUUUAGAUGUAAGAUGCAGGAGAAAAAGGAAUAAUGAGUUACAGAGAAAAAAGCCAGCUCAUUUCUCCAGGCUUCAAAAGAUGCUUGGUUUAGCUACCACUCACUCUUCUAUGCAUAAAGAGAAAGAUGCAUCUAUUACUUUGCAAAGAUGUGAAUACUGAUAUAUGAAUCUGUAAAAAAGGUUGCUAGUUGUAAUAACACAUCUUUUUGAUUCUGAAGAAAAAUAAUUGACGUUAAGGAUAGUGGUAUAAUAAAUGUUAAAAUCUAAAAUGAUAUUGUUUAAUGCUCAGACUAUAUUGGAUAUAAUUUGUAUUGUUUGAAAAUUGUUGGAAUAGACACUCAUUAGUCAGAGUACUGCAUAUGCCUGAUCACUUGAGAAUCACUUUCUAGAAAACAGGCUGUUGGGUUAUAUGAGUAUUUAUCAGAAAUAUGCUCGCAGAUACGACAUAAAACAUCAAAAAGUUAUGCAAGAUAUAUAUAUAUAUAUAUAUAUAUAUAUAUCAUAGGACUGAAAUCUGCUGCAACUGAGACCUACAUGAACAAUUUGAUGUUAGUGGUUUAGGUGUGAAAACCUUUUGAACUGAUGUUAUACAUGAAAACUUAAAGGACUUUUUUAUUUUCAAAGCUUUGCCUUAGAGUUUUCAUGGCUUUAACUGAGCAGCAUAAUCUUUUCAAUUUAAAAACUAUGAUUUUACAUAAUUCAAAAAUUUGUUUCACUGCUUUUCUCAACAAAUUAUGAGUCAUCUCUUUAAAUUUCUUCGCAUUAGAAGCUCUUCUAAAUUGAUUGAAUUAUGAUUUAAUGACAUAGAGGUAUCUAAAUGAGUUGUGAGUUGACACAAGAACCAUGGUUCCAUAGUAAUUAUCUUCAGUGUGUAUAUUAAAUGUGUUUUUUUCUGAGAGGUUAUUAUUAAGCUAAUGUAUUUUAUAAUUGAUGGUAUUUAGGAUAGAGAAAGGUAGUUGUUUUUUGUAACUAAUAAUAAAAUAUGGAAAUUUUUAAAUAAUUUACUUCCUUACUACAGUAAAUUAAAACAAAAUAAAGGAGUCAAUUCCUGAAGUCAUGUACCUUAGUCACUUGCAAUUAAAAAUGGUUACAUUGAUGGAAGAUAAAAGAUGGCAUGCCUGAAUCUUUUUUUAAUGUGUGUUAAUGUAAACUUCCCUUGUUCUAUGUGACAUGGUGAAUGAAAGCUUGAGAAACGUUAAUCACUGGUGGGAAGGGAAAGGCUGGGCUUCCUUUUAUAGUGCUUCCUAGUGAAAUCGGAAAAGACCCCCUAAAAUCUACACUAAAAAUGUGGCCCCUUAAGUUUCCCUAGAAAUGCUAUCUGGUUUGCCACAUGUGCUACCGGAAUUUGGGGUGCCAUGCGAUUUCACCACAGGCUUAUUAUUAAAUCCCCAAUAUUAAUAAGCCCAAGAGGGUUCUUGCCUAAUAUUUAGAGAAGAAUUCUAAAUAUCUCCACAGAUAAACGAGGCAGCAUGGUACGUUUUAAGCUUCUAUUUAGUGAGAAAGAUACAUAGGAGAGUGAGAGCUUUAUUUAAGAGAGUGGUGAAUAGGGGUUCAUACCAAGCACCUGGAACCAGCCAUGUGGAUGAGCAUCUAGGCCAGGAAGCCUGGAGCACAUGGCCCGAAGGCCAUGUGCCCUGGAGGCACAGGGCUACAGCCAGCCCCCUCCUGGCAAGAGUCCAGGGAAGAAGAGAGAGCCAGACACACUGUGCCCCAGGCUUUUAACCCACUUCCAAAGAGGAGUGGUUAAUUAACCUGAUUGGCUGGUUGGCACCCAGGUCUAGCCAGGUAGGGGGGUGAGGUCACACAGGGGCAUGGCGAAGGCAUGGUCUUCCAGCACACAAACCUAAUCAAUUUUAGCCUGUAUGCCUGCCUACUUCACUAGGACAUGCAAAGGAUCCAGGUCUCUCACUCCUACCUUUCCAAGAAAGAAGAUGGUUUAUUAGGUUAUACAACUGGGCGUGCUAUCUCCUUUUCCUCCUUUCUUUGGAUUUGUUAUCUCUGCAGAGAGCCUGUGUUGUGGUCUCAUGCCAGCUACUUGUGAGUCUUGCUGUACAGGCUCUCCGCUGAUGCUUGUGCCGCUCUGCCCAUACUGUGGUGAGCAGCUCUAAUAGUGGGUUAAAUAUUAGAUAACCAUUGUUGGCACAAACCUAAAUUAUAUCUUCUAACCUAGCCUAUUUUUAGCAAUAUGGUUGAUAUACUCUGCCUGAUUCUAACAUGGUUUAAGAGUUUGGGGUGCAGGAGACAGGUUAUAAUUUUAUGACUCCCUCCAACUUCACAAAAGUGUGAGUAUAUUUCAAUGUAAAUAUGAAAUAAAAACCAAAUGGAAUUAAUUUCUAAUUUUAGAUUUUUUGUCAUGGCAAUUCUAUUGAAAAUGAAUGAUGUUAAUGAAGAGGCAAUAGUGAAAAUUUGUUCAGGGUAUUUAAAAGGUCUACUGAUGGAGUUGUGAUGCACCGUAAUAUUGCCUCUAGAUUUAACUGGAAAAAUAUAAAACAAAUUAUGAUAUCCCUUGCCCCCCAUCAGCUUUCUAAAAUGGGCAUAAUUUAAAUGUAGUCAAGAACUGCUAACAUUUCAGACAGAUUGCAUAUACAAUGGUGGUUCCAUAAAGCUGUAUGGUUCAGUGGGAUCAUAGUCAUCUUAGUUGUAUAGAUAGUUUAUGAUCUUACAAUAACUAAGUUGCCUAAUGAUGCUUUUCUCAGAAUGUAUCCCCAUCAUUAAGUGAUGCAUGACUGUAUAACAAUGCAGUCAUUUUAAGUUUAUAGUUUGGAGACAUUUGACAAAUGUGAACAUCCACUUAACUAGCACUAUCAUCAUGAUACAGUGUCCAAAGAUCUUUUUCAGUGAGUUCCCCUCCACCCUAAUAGCCAACCCUAUUCAUUUACUUAACUGCUUUCUGUGAGCAUAAAUUAGUUAUAACUUUCCUAGAAUUUCAAAUAAAAAGAUCAUAUAAUGUGUAUUCUCAUUCUGUCCGAAUUUUUUUGCUUAACAUAAUGCUUUGAAAACUAUCCACCUUAUUGCUUUUAUCAGUAAUAUGUUCUUUUUAUUGCUGAGUAAUAUUCUAUUGUAUGGACGUACCACAUUGUGUUUAGCUGUUCAUCUGUUGGUGGACAUCUAGGUUGUUUUGAUCUAUUGAGUGCUGAUCUAUUAUGAAUAAAGCUGCUAUGU